CUGAUGAUGAUCAUUUAUCCUUGCAAGCACGUUCUUAUAUUUCGAAAUGUGAGCGCCAUAGCCGAGUUAGACCAGGAUGAUGGACAUUGGCACCUAUUAUGCUCUAUAGGUGAGUUGCAUGGAGUGGAAGUAAACCAUGGUGAACCAUGAACCAUGAAUUCUAUCUCUUUCGCGUUUCAUACUCCACAGAGGAAAAUUUUGUCGAGAAUCAAUUGGUCUCGUUAACUCUACAUAUUGGAAUUAGUUCAAAUAUGUCUUAAUUAUGCCAGUCAUAUACAUGUAUGCUUUAGACAAAAGUCAACCCAUUGCUCGAGGUUUGCAUAGGUCGGCAAUACUACUUGUGCUCAACUUGUUGAUAUUGAAAGCAGUUGAGAAUUCGAACAUGAUCGAGACCCUCUAGUUAUCAAAUCUUUUAGAACCAGUAAUCAACAAAAUUAAAAUCAAUCAUUAGGUAUGCUUUUCUCUCGCUUUGCAUUGCUUCGAGUUGUACACAUCUCUUAAACGAAAACUAAUUGAUGGACUUGAAGUUUAUACAAAUUCAAAUAUCAUAUGUUUAACCGAAGUAUAAAUAAUAUGUAUUUAGAUGAACUGUAUUCGAUAAUCAACCGUCUAUAUAUCCAUCCAAUUUUUUUAAUUUAAAAAUGAUUGUUUCUUUCCUUUUCAAUUUCGGGACAAAAAAUAAAAAAAAUUAUCAUUUUGAAUUGAAAAUUUGUUUUAUUUUUUUCAUUCAAAAUGAUAAAGGAAAGAAAAUGGAAAUAGGUGUAAAUUAAAAAAAAAAUUGAAAUUUGUUGAGUUGGCAGUGACAUGGCGCGUUGACCGUUAGUCAACGCGUUUAACCGUCCAAGUUAACGGUCAAAAGUCGGAUCUGGCCAAAUUGUUUAUUUUGAUGUAUAGUUUGGGUCAGAAUGUUAUAGAUCGAAAAGAUUGGCCAGAAUGUUUAUUUUGGUCAAAGUUCAGGUCAUAUAAAAAUAUUAACCCUAUAUUUUUUUUUGUCAGUUACCCUUUGUUGUUUUUUUUUUCCAUCGAAUAGAAAUCAUCAUAGGAAUUCAUAAAACAAUAACAAUUAAUCCUCAAUUACAAGAAAAUUUGUCCUGUUUUUCCAAGAGAAUAUGAAGGGAAAAAAGAAAUAAAUUAAAGCAAGAAGGAAAAAGAAGAAGAAAAAAAAACUUUGUCCCUGUGGGCUGUCUGCGCAUCACGACAUGGGCUUGGAUUAAGCCCGCCCCGUUAUUCCCUAUGUUUUUUCACGUACCAAUAAUUUUAUAUGAAAAAUAAAUUAAGUUUUUUGUCAAACAAAUAAAUAAUCUUUUGUAGAUAGAAGAGGGGAAAAUAAAAAAUAAUUUAUGCUCAAUGCCAAACAACCUCUUAACUUAACUAAUGGCUCGAUUCAUGAUUUGUUUAUUAUUAAUGGCCUACUCUUUCCUCUUAAUCAUUAGAUUAAUUACAAAAGUUAAAUUUGAUUACUUCAAAGGAGAUUAUAUAUGAUUCUUCAUCAUGUUCACUUUCAUUCCCUUUGCUCUCUCUUCCUUCCUCCUAUGUUCUUUGUUCUUCUUUUGUUCUCUCUAGCUUCUUCUCCUUAUCGGUUUUGAGUCUCAUUUCUUUCCAUCUUCACGAGGCAAUUGUCUUGCCUCUUGAAGAUGGAGAGAAAUGAGAAAUCGCUUCUUAUCAUCUGGUGCAUGUUAUGCUUUGUUUACUUUUCAAGUUUUCUCACAAACGAAUUUUGAUCUCACUUCAAAUUCGAGAGUAUGAAGGCUUAGAUACUUCUCUCUUUUGAUUUUCCAUGUACUUCUGAAACUUUUAGUGGUUAGAUGUAGGGUUCUUUUAGAAGUAUAUCUUUUACAGCUUUUUUCCCAAAGUAUGUAAGAGAGUAGGAUACUGAUCAGUGUUGACGAUGAAUGCGAGCUCCCUUUCCCCAAGAAACCCCAAUUUCAACACACCACUACUCCCCCAUCCCAAAUUAGCCCCCAUAAUCAUUUGAUGUUGAGUUCUUCAUUACCCAUAUGGAUCAUCAAGCACUAAUUACAACACCAAGAAGAAGAAGAAGAAGAAGAUUAGACGAUGAUGACGACGAUGAAGAAGCCGGCGGAUUGAUUAAGCUAAUUGGGACCGGUCGUUGGAGUAAGAAUGGUGUGUUUUUAGUGAAAUUAAUUGGUUGUCUUUGUUGGUUUCACAAAGGCUCCAAUUUAUUAAUUAUUAUUAGUAGUAUUAUUACCCUUAGCCAAUUAUUAUUUGCAGACUUUUUCUUUCUUCUUCAUGGUCUACCCAAUUUCUGUUGAAUGCCACCCUUUGAUCGUUCAAUGUAGGCGUUUUGUUUCUUCUCAAUUUUGUUUGGAUUUCGGGUUGGCAUUUUGGACUACUAUAGGUUGGAGGCCAAUCCAAACCUAAUUUCCUUCCAAUUGUGUGACCCUUUGUUAUGUUAAGUGUUAUUGUUGUUGGGUUACUAUUAGGAAAAUGGAAGGCAAGUGUUUGGAUCUAUUAUGGCAUAUAUUUUAGAGAUUAGGUUCAUGAUGCGUGAUCGGUUUCACACAUCGAACAUCUCGAAUCCGGAAAGAAAUCAACUACGAAGAACUAAAGAAAAACGAUAAAACUACAACUAAAUAACUACUAAUACUUUACUUCUUCAUUCCUUCAAGGGACAUCGAGAGAGCUUAUGUUAGAUGGCAUGUCUUUCUUCAUUUUCGAUAUCAGAUGAUAAUGGCAUAAUGAUAUGUCCUUUUAGUUUCUGCUCUUGCACAAAAGUUUGGUUGAAGGUGGGGUUUGUACUCUCUGAGCUAUGAGGUUCGAGACAUCUAGAGAUCAGGGAAAGAGUAUUUGCACUUUGUAAGGGAUCUCAUUGAUCAGACACGAUUGAGACAAGUCUUUAUAGCUAAGAUUCUAGAGGUUGAAGACAUACUUUAGUAUGAUAAAUUGGUGCGAGCUUUCUCGUCUCACUAUCAUUUGAAUUGUAACCAAAUUGUCAAUUCAUAAAAUCAAAAUCAACUUCGCACCAUAAAAACAACACAGAGUUAGGCUUCUACAUAUGUGUUGUGUAUUUGUUAGGCCAUUUUGUAUUGGUAAUCAAAAUUCUAAAUCGAUAUCUACAAACCUACCUAUUUUUUAAUUGAUACUUUCAAUAUAUCAUAUACUCAUCCUAAUUCCUACAUAAAGGACUAAAUUGUCUAGCAAUAAGAUGAAAGAUAUCCGUUAUAUAUUAGAUUUAAGGGCUAAGAAACAUGAUCAUCCAUGUUACAGAAACGUGAGUGUUCUAGUGUAUUCUUAAUGCAUACACUAAUCAGACAUGUAACAUCUCAGUGAUGACGAAUUCGACUACCCAUUCACAAACCCUGACAACGAUAAAUAUGUGACACAAACAACACAUUUGGUCCAGACUUUAAAUAGGGACACCAUAAGGUAAUUUAAUGAAUGGAAUAGUAAAAGAGCAUGGUAGUUAAAGAUCACUAGACCUUUACUACUACAAAACCAUGGGACGGGUUAGCAUGCUAACCCUUUAAGGGGUUGGUUUUUUGAUACGCCCCUUUUAAUUGGUCAAUUUUUUAUUAAUUAUUGACAAGUAUUAAUGAAAGUAAACAUAAUAAAUGUUCUGUUAUUAAAUACAAAGUAAGCAUUAAAUACACCACAUUAAUUACCACUUUACUGGUAUUUGUACCAUUGCACUGAUACUCAGAUAUGACAUUGCUACCAGUGCACUGAUAUCGAUACCAGUGCAGUGGUAUAUCUACCAGUACAGUGGUACAACGUAUCAGUACAGUGGUACACCGUAUCAGUGCAGUGGUAUAUUUUUUGGAGGUGGUCGGAGAGAGUCUGUCGAUGGGAUUUUCACCGGAGAAGCGUGGCGGUCGGAGACUGCUGAAAAAGGAAAAAUCAAAUAUAGUGAGAGAAUUCCUAAUGUGUAUUUAAUGUGUGUAUUUAAUUCCUAAUGUGUAUUUAAUAGUGAGAGAAUUCCUAAUUAAUAUGGUACAUUUAAUUCCUAAUGUGUAUUUAAUGUGUGUAUUAAAUUCUAUAGUUGUAUUUAAUAUACUGGGGUGUCAUUUUUCCAACCCCUAAGGGGGUUAGCAUGCUAACCGACCCCAAAACCAUAUAUUUUGCUUUGUUAGUGGCACAUGGUACAUAUGCGAUUAUGCUCAAUUGACAUAUAUGCCAAGUGUCAUACUAAUAGCAUUACUUAAUUCCUUGGUCAACUUUAACUGGUCCACAUGUUAGUACAUACUUUAAACAACUUAGUUAUUCAUAUUUUGUUUAUGCAUGAAGGGUUCUUGUUUUAAAUGCUUUCAAGCUCCAUCCUUAUCUUAAAUAGUGACAAAGUUACACAUUACAAUUGCUAAAAUCACGAUUCUGGGUUUGAAUUCUCGUACUAUGAUAAUUCAAACAAUCUCCUGUUAACAUAAAUGAGUGUUCUAUUCAAUAGAUAUGUUCUUUCUCUUAAAUAAGUAGGUAACUACAAAUGAGAACAAUAGUCUUUGAAUCUCAAAUCACUAAUGUUGAGAAUGGUGACACCUCAAACAAACAACUUUUAAAUAUUAAUGAAUGGAAUGACAAAAGGAUUAAAAGUGUUAUUUGGCAAAACAUGGGAGGGUGAAAUGACAAAUAGUGGAGCCAGUAUUCUCUUCUUUUGAUAUCUACCGGACUGAACUUCUUCCGAUUAGUAAUAAUUUUUUUAAUAGAUAGAUCUAAUGCACAUGCAGCUUGAUUGUAAAUGUUUUGUCUACUAUAAAUUGGUCCAAUCUCACUAGUUGUGGCCACUUAUGUGUUGUUUCUCAACCCAGAUUGGGUAGAUAAGCAUUGUGUAAUACUUCUUCAAAAAGUAUGAAAUCAGUUUACAACAUGUCAUUGUUGAUUAGGGCGCACUAUUUCGAUCACCUCCAUCUUGGAUCCAUCAUUCUAAAAUUGUUCUUUCCUCGUGACUCGUUUGUUAUAUCACAAGCAAAUCAUAACUUGUUUGUUAUAUGUUUCAUCAAUUUUUUGUGUUAGAUUAUCUUAAUCUUCAUUAUUAGACCUGGUACAGUUUUGUUGAUGCUUUCAUGACAAACAAAAGUAUUCGAGUUUAAUAAUAAGAGACGAUCGCAUCUCGAUUGGUAGAAAAUAUAUUGUCAAACAACCGAUAAAUUUUGACUACACUGUUACACGGAAAGAGUUAAAAAAACACUUACAAGGAUCAAAAUGCUAUUUUGCCAAACAUGAGGUGUCCAAAAUGACAAGUAUGAAGUAUCAUCACACACUAACGGAUAAUUGAUCAGAUCAAACAAAGUACAAUCACAGUGAAAAAACAAAUAAAUAUCUGUAAUUUAUCUCGCCACUAUAAAAUCUGUCUGCUUUCUUCAGUUCUUCCCCAAACUCGAUUCAGAGAGAGAGAGAGAGGGAGGGAGGGAGGAAGGAAGGAAGGAAAGAGAAAGCUCUGUUUGUGUUCUUGGCAUUUUGCUAGCCUGCUGGUGGUUGCUUAUGGCGGAAGGUUCUCUGUGAAUAUUUUUCUGUUCUGGGGUUGGGGAAGGAGGAUUUCUUUUCUUUAUCAAUUUAAAUCAGCUGCCCGACGCUUCAGAGAUUUCGAUUGCAGCAUUUAGGCUUAACCCCAAAACUUUUUUUUUUUCAAAUUCGUUUUUUAUUUCCUAAAAGGAGGAGAAUUUCUCAAUCAAUGAGGUUCCGUGAAGAGAACCCUUUAUAGAGAAGACGAGUCCUUCUAAUUCCUCGUCGGUCUCUCUCUUCACGUAAUCGCUUUUCGAUUGCUUUUGUAGUUCAUUAUUACUCCGCAAGCUUCUUGCUCAAUCAAACUAACCAGCUCCCUUCUUUUCUUUUCUUUCCUUCCCCCCAAUUAUAACUAUUUAAUGUCUGACUGUUGACGUUCCGGAGUUCGAUUUCGAUAUUGGGUCGGGGCCUGAACUGGGAUUUUCUUUUGAUAAGCUAAUUUGAAGUGGGUCAGUUCGGAUUUGGCCAAAUUCGGCGGGUUUUGGAACAGGGCAGACAACUAGGGUUCUCCUUCUAGAGGUGGAUUUUGUUUGUUUUCGCCUCUGGUGGUUGGGUUCGGUUGUCUCUCCUUCGACCCUUUUCCACUUGGCUUCGCCGCUGAUUCUGUGUAAACUGUAAAGUCGUCAUUUUUCUCUUCCGGGUAAAUUCUCUGGUGGACGGUUGGGCUUCUAAUCGAGCUCGAGUCUUGCUGAAUCUCAUGGGUUGUCGAUGACAAUUGUGCCUUUGUCGAUUUGAGGUCUACUGGGUUUCUGUUCUGUUCGGUUGAUUUCAGAGGAUUGAAGCUUGAUUUGGGUGUGAGAAAUCCAGGAGGAGAAGAUGAGUUCAAGUAUCACAGAAGCUUUGGUUCAGCAGGGGAAGCUGCUAGUCCAUAUAGCAGAGAACGGCCAUUCAUUUGAGCUGGAUUGCGAUGACACCACCCCAGUUGAAGCAGUUAUGCGUUAUGUUGAAUCUUAUUCUGGGAUCAACUUGAAUGAUCAGCUUGUUCUGUGUUUGGAUAUGAAACUAGAACCUCAACGCCCGCUCUCUAGUUACAAGCUUCCAGCUAUGGAUCGAGAAGUGUUUAUAUUUAACAAAGCUAGGCUUCAGAACAAUUCCCCACCACCACCUCCAGAGGAAGUGAAUGUAGUCGAAGUAGCUGAUCCUCCACCUCCAGCUUCUAGCCACGAGCCUCAUCCUUUGGAUGAUGCCACAGACCCUGCGUUGAAGGCGUUACCUUCGUACGAGAGGCAGUUUCGGUAUCAUUUCCAUAGGGGUCAUGCGAUCUAUAGCAGAACUCAGGUGAAGUUUGAAACUUGCGAGAGGUUAUUGAGGGAGCAGAAGGUGCAGGAGAGGGCGGUGGAGGUUGGGAGGGGUAAUUUGGAUCAGUACUAUAAGGUGAUUAAUCAGAAUUAUACCGAGUUCAUGAAGCGGUAUAAUCAGCAGCAUAGGAUUCAUUCGGAGCUCCUAGUGAAUUUCGGUAGGGAUUUGGAGAAGCUGAAGUCUAUCAGGCUUCAUCCAGCUUUGCAGGGUGUUGGUAGGAAGUGUUUGAUAGAUUUUGUGAAAGAGGAGAACUUGAGAAAGGCUUUGGAGAGUUGCAGCAACUCUCAUAAGCAAUUCGAGAAGAAGGUUUUGGAGUUUAAGCAGAUGUUUGGUGAAGUGAAGCGCAAGGUAGAGGAAUUGUUUGCAUGGCGAGCUUCUGUACCAAUUAAGAACUUGGAGCUAACUAUUAAAGAGCACCAGCGAUUCAUCAGUGAACAGAAGAGUAUCAUGCAGUCUUUGAGCAAAGAUGUAAACACGGUAAAGAAACAUGUCGAUGACUGUUUAUCCAGCCAAUUAUCUUCCUCCCUCCGUCCUCAUGAUACAGUCUCUGCCUUGGGUCGUAUGUACGAUGUCCACGACAAGAACCACCUUCCCAAGAUGGAAACUUGCGGCCGUUCUAUCUGCAAACUCCUCGACUUCUGCAAGGAAAAGAAGAACGAGAUGAACAUCUUCGUUCAUGACUACAUGCAGAAGAUAACCUAUGUCUCCUACAUAAUCAAAGAUGCAAAGCUACAAUUCCCUGUAUUCAGAGAGGCAAUGGUACGCCAGGACGAUCUCUUCACUGACCUGAAGCUCGUUCGGGGGAUUGGCCCGGCUUACAGAGCAUGCUUCGCUGAGAUAGUGAGAAGAAAGGCCUCAAUGAAGCUCUACAUGGGCAUGGCUGGACAGCUGGCAGAGAGGCUUGCAACUAAGAGGGAAGCUGAGGUCAGGAGGCGGGAGGAGUUUUUGAAAUUGCAUGGUGUGUACAUACCAAGGGAUAUCUUAGCAUCCAUGGGGUUGUACGAUACUCCUAGUCAGUGUGAUGUCAACGUUGCUCCUUUUGACACUAAUUUGCUUGAUGUUGAUUUCCAUGACCUGGACCGCUAUGCCCCUGAGUAUUUGGCUGGACUGCCUUUUAAGGGCGAGAGACAGGGAAGUCUGAAAGGCUCAUUUUCCACUUCCAAUGAUAGCUCUCAUUCUGCUGAGACGGAGGAUAUUUAUGUGGAUAAUCUUGAGAAAGAUGAUUCUGAGGAGCUGCUUGAGAGUUGUGAUUUAGUGGAGAUUGCCGGGACAAGCAAAGUGGAAGUCGAAAAUGCAAAGUUGAGAGCUGAACUUGCUUCGAAGAUAGCCCUCAUCUGUUCUUUCUUGCCUGAAUUGGAAUUCGAGUCUCUUGAUGAUAGCAAAAUGGGAAGCCUAUUGAAAAAUGCAGCAGAGAAGACAACCGAGGCUUUGCUACUGAAAGAUGAAUAUGGAAAGCAUCUUCAGUCUAUGCUCAAGGAGAAGCAAUUGCAGUGCCUGUCAUAUGAGAAGCGGAUUCAGGAACUUGAGCAGAGGUUGUCCGAUCAAUACAUGCAGGAGCAGAAACAGGUCAAUAAUAAAGAUGUAUCAUCUGAUUCUGCACAUUCAGCUGCAACUGCUGCCCAUGACAGUAAACCUGAGAUCUCAAUCCAUGGAGAAACCCACUUGCCUUACUCAUCAUCUACUUCAGAAUCCAUGGAUGACGUCUCUUGUAUAUCUAGCUCUCUGGAUGCGAAGUUGGGGCGUUUCACUAGGCAGCAUAGUAGCAAAGGUAGGGAAGGGUUGGUCGAUGAUGAACAUAUGAUGGAUUCCUCAGGAAUCCUGAACACCCAGUUAGAUUCUUCAAUGCCUGAACCACAUAGAGAAGAGCUGCAGGCUAGCGACAAAGAUGGGAAAGACAAGAUGGUGGCAGGGCAACUAGGGAUGUCAAUAACAAAUAGUUGCACGGCUGAGAGCAUGCCCGAGCCUUCACCCAAUCUGCCUUCUGAUGCAGUCAUUGAGCCUAAGAUUACUGCCGGGGAUCUUCUGGAGUUGCAGAAUGAACUUGCAGAGAAAUCAAACCAGUUGAGUGAAACCGAGGCUAAACUCAGAGCUGUGAUGGGGGAGGUUGCCAUGCUUACCAAGGAGCUGGAAACAAGUCGAAAACUUCUGAACGAAUCUCAGAUGAAUUGUGCUCACCUGGAGAAUUGUCUGCACGAGGCAAGAGAAGAGGCCCAAACUCACCUCUGUGCCGCUGAUAGGAGGGCUUCAGAAUAUAGUGCUCUACGUGCAUCUGCUGUGAAAAUGCGCGGUCUCUUUGAAAGACUGAGGAGCUGCGUUUGCGCUCCUGGUGGAGUUACUACUUUUGCAGACUCUUUGCGUUCUUUAGCUCAAUCUCUGGCCAAUUCAAUUACUGAAAAUGAAGAUGAUGGAACUGGGGAGUUCAGGAAAUGCAUUAGGGUUCUUGCGGAAAAAGUUACUUUCUUGUCAAGGCACCGAGAUGAGCUACUCGACAAGUGCCCGAAGCUAGAAGCUGCCAACGAACAGCUGUUGAAGGACCUGGAGGAGAAGAAAGAGCUCUGCACCACUCUAUACAAAAAGCACCAACUCGAGAAGCAGGCGAACAAAGAGAGGAUCUCGUACUCCCGAUUGGAGGUCCAUGAGAUUGCUGCAUUCGUGCUCAACGCUGAUCGACACUACGUGGCGAUCAGCCGCAGCUGCUCUAACUACUACUUAUCUGCAGAAUCGGUGGCCCUCUUUACCGACCAUCUUCCAACCCCACCGAGCUUCAUAGUUGGAAAGAUUGUGCACAUCGAGUGUCAAACCGUGAAGCAACUGCCUGGGGCAGCAGCAGAUCAGGGAAGCUCCUCCGACGUCUUGGAGGCUGCUGCUGACCGGAGAUUGACUUUGAACAACUUGGGAUCGACGAUGAACCCGUAUAACCUCCCGAUUGGCUGUGAAUACUUCGUAGUGACGAUAGCCAUGUUACCUGAUACCGCCAUUCAUUCUCCAUGAUCGAUCCGCCCUGAGUUUACUCUUCGGGAAGACAUGACAUGAUGGAAGAAAAAGUGUAUAUUAAUGAAAGUUAUGAGAAAAGGACGCCCAAAAAAAAAAAAAAAGAGAGGAAGAAAAUGAACUAGGGUCUGUGACCUUGUUCUUUGUACAGCUGACCAAUUCUAAGGUUCUUUUAUUAUGAUGUUUGGCUCUGUUCUUUUGUAUAUAAAGUCACCUUCUACAGACAAGCCCUUUUGUGUAUAAAAAAAACCCCAAUGAACUGUGAAUAUUAUGAAUCAUCUCCAUCCACUCUUGUGUUUUAGUUACAACUUCCAAGUCUGUCUUCAAAUGAGCUGAGUAUUGGUAGUCCAUAUGGUGUCCAUUGCUUCACACAUGCGAUGAGUGUGUGUACUAAAAAUGAAAAUGUGAUCCUUGCUAGCAAGAAAAUCAGUCGCAAUAUCACAUUCAAUCUAGAUUUUAGAUGCAAUAAUAUUCUUAAUGUGUUGAUGCCAAAUUUAUAACAUGUUUCAAUAUGCUUGAGGUUCGGCGAGCAGUGACCGACCAAAGCAUUUGACCACCUCCGACUCCUAGAAGAAGAAAAAAAACGUCCCGCCGAGAUAGUCAGUCGAGUAUGGACCUCAUACAACGCUCAAAUUCGUAGCGGAAUAAAACAAGAUAAAUAAGAUAACAUUCAACAUGAUAUAGUUUCACGUUGAUAACCGAGUUGUGACUAUUCACAACCCACGUGAGUACAUGCAAGGGGCAGCCAUGGUUUCAUUCAAAGUGGGUCUAUUUAGAAAAAAAUACACAUGAUAAAUAGUUUUGUUAACU